CUUCGGUGCGGCUUCGCUGGAGGCGCGCGAGCCCCGUGGCGCCCUGCGGAAAGUCCACUGGGCGUCCGGGCCGGCGGGGCUUUGUGCGAGCCGUUCCCUCCCACUCGCGGGGAGGGCGCGAGCUGGAUUCGGCCAGACUCCGGGAGGGGGGCUCGGCGGCGCAGCGACACCCCAAGGGCUGGGGAGCUCUGGCGCCGCGAGGCUGGCGUUCCCUCUGCUUGGCAGUUCGGCUUCUUUUGUUCUGAUGAGCGCGGACCAGAUGGAUUCUUUUUAAAGUCACAGUUCAGCCCGUCUCUGAUUGCACAGAUUCUGCGCUGACUUGAGGGGAUUUCGAAUUUGACAAUCCCUCGGGAGACUAUGUAUCGGUGGGAAUAUUUAAGCCAGGAGGGAGAUGAGCUUUUUCUUUAGUUUUUAAGUAACUCCUCCUGACUUAAAUUUCCCCCACCCCGCUCCAUGUUAAGAACAGAUUUUUUUCUUAGGGCAUAAAGAUUAAGUUUUAUCGAGGGUGUAGUUUAUCACUCUUUUUAAUAUUUCUGCCCUUCACCUGUUGAAUGGAAAAUCAGCAAUUAGCCAGGGUGUGAUCUACUCCGUGUUCAACUUUGUACUUCAAUUUGGAAAAAAAAUGUUUAUUGCUUUGUGGGAGUUCUUCUAUGGGCACUUUUUUCGAUUUUGGAUGAAAUGGCUCUUACGGCAGAUGACUGGAAAAUGUGAAUUGCAGCGAAUUUUUGAUACCUAUGUAGGUGCACAAAGGACGCACAGGAUAGAAAAUUCCUUGACAUACUCCAAGAAUAAGGUUUUACAGAAAGCUACACUUGUUGUUCAGAGUGAAGUGGACAGAUGUGUAGAAGAUAUAAUGAAGGAAAAGAAUAUUAACCCUGAGAAGGAUGCCAGUUUUAAAAUCUGCAUGAAGGCAUGCUUACUACAGAUAUCUGGUUACAAACAGCUCUAUUUGGAUGUAGAAAGUGUGAGAAAAAAGCCGUAUGAUUCUGAUAACCUGCAACAUGAAAAGCUGCUUAUCAAGCUUUGGAAUCUUCUAAUGCCCACGAAAAAGUUGAAGGCUAGAAUCUCCAAGCAGUGGGCUGACAUUGGUUUCCAGGGUGACGAUCCCAAAACAGACUUCAGAGGCAUGGGCAUACUUGGAUUAAUCAAUCUUGUAUAUUUCAGUGAAAAUUACACCAGUGAAGCUCAUCAGAUUCUUUCCCGUUCAAAUCAUCCAAAAUUAGGGUAUUCUUAUGCAAUAGUUGGAAUCAAUCUUACAGAGAUGGCUUAUAGCUUACUGAAGAGUGAAGCUUUGAAGUUUCACCUCUACAACUUUGUUCCUGGUAUACCAACAAUGGAACACUUUCACCAGUUUUAUUGUUAUCUUGUGUAUGAAUUUGACAAGUUUUGGUUCGAGGAAAAGCCAGAAAGCAUUAUGUAUUUCAACGUGUACAGAGAGAAGUUUCAUGAAAAGAUUAAAGGACUCUUACUGGAUUGUAAUGUAUCACUUACUUUAAAAAUAUGACUCAUCCGUAGUAUCUUCUAUUUCUACCACAUUUUGCACACACGACAGAAUUUAUAUGUUGUACCAGAAAUUAUCUGAUCAAUUACACACCUUAUAUAUAAUUUCCUACAAAAAUAUUUCAGAAAUUCUAUUUAAGAAAGCUAGUGGACAAUCAGUGUAUGUUUACACUUGGUAAUACACUGUCCUCCAAAGGUACCUUAUCUUCCAAAGAUCCCCUCUGUAGAGUCGCAUGAACUGCUGCAGUUUGGAGCUUGGGACUUAACCCAUUCAGUGUAAAAGUACAAAUCAGGUACAAAUCAAUUUUUGUUAAAUUGAUUGAUUAAAAUGUGUAAAAGUCAGUUUUCAUUUUUAUGUGUUGUAACUAUCAAGUUGGUAUCUUUUCAAAGCUCUGUUAAGAGUUUCUGGUUUUUAGUCUGGAAAUGGUCUUUUUUUCCUUUGCCUUAUUUUAUUUGUAGGUUAAUUAACAGAAUAGUUCGUCAUGGUUCUCUUUGUUUGCAUCUCAAUCACACGUCGCAGUGUUGUCUCAUAGGAGCAACAGGAGCGUAUAGAGAGACACUCUUUGUCAGAGAAGACAGAACUAUGGGCUUCUUUUUGGUGUUUCUGAUUAUUUCAUGUGAUAGGUAAUGCGAGAAUGAAGUAUUAGUGACUAGCUCUUUUGUUUUUAAAUAACACACUUUGAAAUAUCACAGUGUAAUUCUAAAGCUUUAAAGACUUUCUCAUCUUCAGUAUUUUUUAUCAGCUACAGAGAAGAAAUUUCAGUGCUUGAUGUGAGGGCUUUUAUGAGGCCUCUCUGUCUGUGUACGUUUAUGAAAAGACAUGCUCUGCUAAGAAAAUCUUGAUUAUACUCAAAGAACAGGUGCUAUUUUAAUAAAGCUGUCUUCGAAUUUUAGCAAGAGAAAAACCAAGCUUUUUAAAGAUCUCAGUUAAGCGAUGUUGGUUGAUUUUACUCACUGUUGAGUCUCGCUUCCCUUUGCUUCGACGCCACCACGUUUCUAGAUAAUGCUGUGCGGCCUCGUGGGUUUUCUGUAAUGGUCUGUGGGACCUAAAGUAGCCCGAGGAUGAUGGCUGUGCCUUUGUACAGCUUUAUUCUCUGAAAAUCUCAGGAGAGCGGCGACUGCUGCCAAGGAUUAUAAAGCGAUGAGAUUCUAACAGGAACAGUUUCUUCUUUGUGUGUUUGACAUUUGUACUCACAGCAAAACUAAGAGAGUUUAAAGAUAGGUCCAUCUGAUUACCAAAUCCUCCUUAAAUCCUACAGAAAGCAGCCUGUUAAAUACAUAAUUUAAAAUGUGAUGAUAGUUAAUACAUCUUUAAAGUGGUACAUAUCAAGCAUUUAAGGACUGGCUUUUAUAUAAUAUAUCAAGACCUGAAACUUUCAAAUAUUUGUUUAUGUCUACUGACAGACUUCUCUCUUCAAACUUGCCAAAGAGAAGAGUGGUAUAAAAUAUUCAGCUGGAAAAUAACAGAUGCAGUGUUGUAUAGCACAUACAUUAACAGUGCAUGCCAAAAAAAAGUACAUGCAUUGAAAUUCUUCUUUUCUCAACAAGAUAAAAUGUUAUAAUUGGCUCCAUUUUACUAUAAUGGUGGUUUAGAUUUUCCGUAUUAUAGGAAUUUUAAAACAGGUUUCUUGUGGGAGACUUCUCAAUCCUAGGAGUACCUUGACUUCAUCUCUUUAAAUGUUUUCCAUACUUUAUCAUCCAGCCAGAGUUCUAUGAGAUAAAAAUCAGGUAUUAGCCAUUAAAGUUCAUUUUAUCAGGACGUUUACCAUUACAUGGAAAGCGAUUGUUAGUCUUUUAGUUUUUGCUUAGAAAAUACUUACCUUUAUAUUUAAUCUUUUAACAGAUGAGGUCUUGAACUGAUAUAAACCUUUGUCAGUAUGGUUUUAAAGAAUGAUUGAAGUAUAGAAUGGGAAACUUUUCAAGUAUUAAGUUUCUCCUAGGGGGAAGAAAAACCUUUUUAAUAAUUCUUUAAUAAUAAUGUUUUUAAAUGUCAUUUGAAAUUUUGUUCAAUAAUAUAUUAUUUAAGUCCACCUUUGUUUGUAUAAUAUAUUGCUCUGUUUUUAAGAUGAUCCGUAACCAUUUCAGACAAUUCUAUGGUAAGUUGGUUGAAAGUCACCAAUAGAUUCUAAGAUUUGAUAGUUUGAAAGCCAAGCUAAAUGUCACCAGUUGUAAAUUAGAAUGUAACAUGAGCCUUCUGAUUUUCAUGUGAUAGUGACAUACAUGAAAAGAGAAAUAUGAUAAUUGUGUCUGCCAUCCUACUUUUCCUUGCUUUCAACAUAUGUAUGUUAGAAUUUUAGGUAGUCUAAAAAUCCAUAGUUAGAAUCUGACCUGUUUCUAUAGUAAUACAAUACCAAAGUAGUGAUAGAAUUGAAGUAGAAGGAAAAUUGUUCGCUUUAGCAUCAAAAAAGUUAAUCAGUGUUGAAAUGAAUUUUUGUGUGUGCCAGACUGAAGAGUGAAUCAGUGACAAAAGUAGUCUAAAAAUAUAAUUACAAGUUGCAGUUUAAAUACAUUCUGAAAGACAAUCUUUAAAGAAUUGAGAGAAAUCAGGGGAUAUCAGUGAACUUAGACCCACCCCUCUUUAUAUAUAUAAAUAUGGUGAUAUAGUUAGAUAUAAAAAUCAGUGUCUUACUGGCACCAUUUAUAAUUGAGAAAGCAGAAUCUUUUUCUUAAAAAUGCCUGUCCUGAUUUUUUUUCCUAAAAUGAGCUACUUGGAUUUGUAUGUAUUUUUCUAUGUGAAAAUAUAUGUACUCUUCAUUUUUAUUCCAGUGUCCGUAGUUGUUUAUGUGCUCUCUCCCCCCUUUGCAUUCAGUGAAAUAGAACUUGGUCAAAGAUUUGCUAAAAGGAGAAACAGUAGAGGAAUGUGAAGGAGGAGUGUUCAUUGCCAGAGCAGGAAAGAUUACAUGUUAUCUUAGCACAAAGAGAAGACAUUUGGCUUGAAGGGCAAUAAUGUUUAUUAUCCUUUUGAAUUAGUGAUUGGGGACCAGCAGCUAUUUUCUCAGGAUAAAUGGUCCACCCAACUUCUGGGGAGGCUUUAUUUCGAUUUCAUAUUUAUGAACCUCUCCGAUAUUUUUAAAUGAGGAUUCCUGGAGUUGAUAAAAAUCUGAGAAAAAUCAUGAGUGAGCCUUUUUUCCCCUAGCUUCAGCUUUGAAUAAGAAAAAUGUUAAAAUGUAGUGCAGGUAAGACCCAACUACUACCUUACUAUUAUAGGGCAAGGCUGUGUUUCUGUUAAACAAUGUAUUCAAAAAAUAUUUAAGCAGUAGCUUUCCCUAGGGGAAAGAGUGCUGGUUGGCAACGUAAAGAAAUAGAUUUCUGUCUACUUUGGAUAAAGCAAUUAACUUCCUAUGUAAAAGCAAUAGUUGAAAUGUAAUGUCGUUUUGUUUGGAAUUUGUGAGCAAAUAAAAACAUGUUGAAAUUGUCA